AUGGACGACCUCGACAAACGGAGGUGGGAGCGCCUACUCUGCUGGCUCCGAGAUGAGCACGGGAUGGACGUCUCCGAGGGCGCGUUCCACGUCGAGGCGAGGCGAGUCCCAGGUGCUGGCCGUGGGCUCUUUGCGAUGAGAGACUGCCCGCCCUCCACCGAGCUGUUCAAAAUUCCGGCCACGGCUCUCCUCAACAAAAAGACCGUUUCCGCUCUGUAUCCAGACCUACGGAAGUCGAAGCUGUCGGCCAUCCAGAUCGUCUCACUGCAUCUCUUCCUGCAUAGACCAUCCGGCGAAGACGACUCUGCAGAUCCUCGCUUUGGGCCUUACAUCUCCACUCUUCCUCGAGACUUUUCUAGUCAUCCCUUAUCCUGGCUGGUCUCUUGCGAUGUCGGCCGCUCUGACCCAUGGGAGGCUCAGCUUCUCGGCAUGCUACCACCCGCCGUCAGCAGGCAACUCAAGGCCCUCCGUGAUAGGUUUUGGGAAGAUUGGCGUACCGUGGCGAGUACAAUGGUGCGAGCUUUUCUUGCCGAGGCGACUGCAAACGCUUCUUUAUCCGCGCCAGCAGGCUCGAUAGACAGUCAAGAUGCUGGCCAGACAAUGGACUAUCUUUGGGCGUGGCUAAACGUCAACACACGAUGCAUCUACUACCGACUGCGGAACAGCAAGUCUGACCCGGACAACCUCACCUUGUGUCCGGUCCUCGACUUUGCCAAUCACAGCCAUGGACGAACGCACAUCUAUCCAGUCAUUGACUCCGAUAUCUGGAGUACAGUCACCAUGAAGACGACAGAGUCGUUCAUUUUCCUCGGCUCCUCCCAAAGUCGGAUCGCAGAGGGACAGGAGCUGUAUCUUCAAUAUGGAGGACACUCGAACGCGUUCCUGUUCGCGGAAUACGGGUUCGUGAACAGCGUCAACGCCGAAGACAUGCACGAGGGCUACCCUGGCGAAGUGGACGUUGAGGAGAUCUUGGCACCGAUGUUGGCCGAGAAGUCGCCGAGGACCUCGCUCCGAUCAGUGCUCGAGGCGGAAGGCUACUGGGGCGACUGGACGCUGCACAGCGCACCGACCCCCGCCCACCCGUCCUACCGGCUGACGACAGCGCUUCGCCUGCUGCACGCCGUGGACCACGAAACAGACGGACCAGGACUCGAAACAGCCCUCGCGGCGUGGCGCGCGGUCGUGAACGGGCAGGCAGAACCGACCUCCGAGGCCAACGAAGAUCGGUGGCGCCGCACUCUGGCCCAGCUUUGCGACGACCUGGCCCGUCGCGCCCGCAAGAAUAUGGAGGCCGUCUCUGCGAUGACCACCAUGAACGGCGAAGAGCUGGAUACACAGGGCUGGAAGCAGUGGAUGGUGGCCAACGUAGAGUUGUUGUGGACGGAGGAGGAGGUGGUUGCCGAGGCGGUUGCCGCGAGCGUCCGUGCGGGGGUAGAGUUUUGA